CGUGAGACCCCACUGCCACCAUUUUUAUGCAGGCAACCUCAAGUCCUGAUUAUGUACCUGCUACUUUCAGUUUUCAAAUUUUACCUACAUUAGGGUGGGCACGGAACUGGUUUCUGUCACUUCUCGGCCCUGGUAUCCGAGCGCGGACACCUGGGGCUGGGCAGGCGUUCCCGGGUGCUCUGGACUGGCCCGGGGCCGAGCCGGGGGAGGGUCCCCAUGGCGCAGCCACUUGCCCCGGGAAGGUACUCGGCUCGAGCCGCGUUCGGGAAGCCCGGGGCGGUGAGCUUCGCGGACGUGGCCGUGUACUUCUCCCCCGAGGAGUGGGGGUGUCUGCGGCCGGCUCAGAGAGCCCUGUACCGGGAGGUGAUGCGCGAGACCUACGGUCUCCUGCGCGCGCUCGGAGGCGGAGGCGCCAAGCCAGCGCUCAUCUCCUGGGUGGAGGAAGAGACCGAACUGUGGGGACCCGGUGCCCAGGAUCCAGAGGUGGCCAUGUGUCCGACAGAAGCCGACUCAGAUUGCAGACAGGAGGAAAGGAAGAGACCAAGGGAAGAGACUGAGGCAACCCAGAAGACGUUUUCUACACAAGCUGAGCCAAAGGAGCCUCAUCCCUCCUUUGCUGGACCCCCUCGCAACUUGGAGCUGUUGCCCAAGGACACUCACCCCCCUCUUGGUGUCCACGCCACUGUCCCAAGAGCAGAUCAGCGUCAUGGCUGCCGUGUGUGUGGGAAGAGUUUUGCCUGGCGGUCCACAUUGGUGGAGCACCUGUACACCCACACUGGUGAAAAGCCGUUCCGUUGCCCUGAUUGCAGCAAGCCCUUUGGUCGAGCUUCCUCCCUGAGCAAGCACCGGGCCAUACACCGAGGGGAACGGCCACAUCGCUGUCCUGAAUGUGGCCGGGCCUUCACGCAGCGCUCUGCCCUCACCACCCAUCUGCGUGUCCACACUGGGGAGAAGCCCUACCGCUGUGCUGAUUGUGGGCGCUGCUUCAGCCAGAGCUCUGCGCUCCAUCAGCACCAGCGGGUACACAGCGGCAUGACCCCCUUUCCUUGCACAGACUGUGGCAGAGCCUUUGCCCAUGCCUCAGAUCUUCGGCGCCAUGUGCGCACCCACACGGGUGAAAAGCCUUACUCAUGCCCUGACUGUGGACGCUGCUUCCGCCAGAGCUCUGAAAUGGCUGCCCACAGGCGGACCCACAGUGGCGAGCGUCCCUACCCGUGCCCUCAGUGUGGCAGGUGCUUUGGCCAGAAGUCCGCAGUGGCGAAGCAUCAGUGGGUCCAUCGGCCAGGAGCUAGGGGUCAUAGGGACGGAGAAGCCAGUCAGUUAUCUAUAUCCCCGGCCACAGGCCAAGGGGAGCUGGAUCCGCCUGUGGACUUCAGGCACUACCCAGAGAUAUUCCAGGAGUGCGGGGAAUGGUCAAAGACAGAUUACAGCAGGCAGAGCAACAUGCCCAAGAUCAAACGAGAGUGGAGGUUCUGCUACAGCGGGAUCUUACGCCAGGAGGAGGCGCUCCUCACAGCUUCCCUGGCCUGGAGAGCAGCAGAUGCGGUGUUCCAACAGAUCCCAGCCAAAUCUCCUCUUCCUUCCAAGUCUCCAUGCAAGCCAGGUGCCUUAAAGGUUGACUCCCUGCUGUCGGGUUCCGUUCUGGAACUCUUCAGUGUCACCCUCACCUCGGAACUAUCCUGCAUGCUUCAGGGCGGGAAAAUCCGGAAACCAGGUCCAGAACUCAGGAUUUGUGAAGGACAAAUGGCGCGGGGGAAAGUUUUGAAAGCACAGACCGAGCUGGCGGGGAGACGCCUGGCACCUCCUACUCUCAUUCCUGCUGGCAUUUCAGGCAGACAGCAGUUGGAAAGGCCUGAGCGCCCUCCACUCAAAGAAACCAGGAGCCUGGGAGACCGGCGAUCUAAGGAGGUGGGAAGUGGCGGCCAGAAUGCCAGCCCUAGCGGCCAAUCGUCGGCAGAGUGGGCGGAGCCUCGCAGCGCGGAGGCGGGGCUGUCUCUCUGGCAACGAGCCGCGGCGCGGGGGAUGGAGGACGUGGGCGGGGGAGUGGGCGCGGGUGUCACCGCUGUAGUUGGGCUGGCUGGAGCGUGCUGGGCUUCAGAACCUGGAGACGUGGUCAAACGAGCGGUCGCCCACGUUCCCGGGGCCAGUCCGAGGCUCGGGGCUCCGGACACUCGAACUGGGUUGCAGGAUCGUCCGCCAUCACCACGGCCGCUGCCCUGGGAGCUGGCAGGGAUGGAGCGGGAGGCGUCGUCGUGGGGCCUCGAGCCUGGGGAUGUGCACAGUCCUGACGAAACGGGCAGCCCCGAAGGGUCUCUCAAAGGCAACACAAAUGAAAACGAAGGGGCAAUUUCUCAGCAAGAAGACCGUGGGGACUAUGAAGUUGAAGAAAUACCUUUUGGGCUCGAACCCCAAAGCCCCGAGUUUGAAUCCCAAAGCCCAGAGUUUGAGUCCCAGAGCCCCAGGUUUGAGCCUGAAAGCCCAGGGUUUGAAUCCCGAAGCCCUGGGUUUGUGCCCCCAAGCCCGGAGUUUGCACCCAGAAGUCCUGAAUCAGAUCCUCAGAGCCCCGAGUUUGAAUCCCAGAGUCCUAGGUAUGAGCCGCAAAGCCCUGGCUAUGAUCCCAAGAGUCCAGGCUAUGUACCCGGGAGCCCUAGGUAUGAACCCAAAAGCCCUGGAUAUGGUUUGAAGAGCCCCGAAUUUGAAUCUCAAAGCCCCGGGUAUGAAUCCCAGAGUCCCGGGUAUGCACCGCAGAACUCUGGAGAUGAAGCUCAGAACCCCGAGUUCAAAACCCAUAGCCCCGAAUUUGAAACUCAAAGUUCCAAAUUCCAGGAAGGUGCAGACAUGCUUCUGAACCCCGAGGAAAAGAAUCCAUUGAGCAUCUCCUUAGGAGUGCACCCCCUGGACUCCUUUACUCAGGGGUUUGGGGAGCAACCCGCAGGGGCACUGCCUCUAGGAGCACCAUUUGAUAUGCCUGCAGGGGCCCUGCUGGCCACACCCCAGUUUGAGAUGCUCCAGAAUCCCCUAAAUCUGACAGGGACCCUUCGUGGUCCAGGCCGUAGAGGUGGCCGGGCCAGGGGUGGGCAAGGCCCCCGACCUAACAUCUGUGGCAUCUGUGGGAAGAGCUUUGGGCGAGGCUCCACCCUGAUCCAGCACCAGCGCAUCCAUACCGGCGAGAAGCCUUACAAAUGUGAGGUGUGCAGCAAGGCCUUUUCCCAGAGCUCUGACCUCAUCAAACACCAGCGUACCCAUACGGGCGAGCGGCCCUACAAGUGUCCCAGGUGCGGCAAGGCCUUCGCGGAUAGCUCUUACCUUCUUCGUCACCAGCGCACACACUCUGGCCAGAAGCCCUACAAGUGCCCACACUGUGGCAAGGCCUUCGGCGACAGCUCCUACCUCCUGCGGCACCAGCGCACCCACAGCCACGAGCGGCCCUACAGCUGCCCAGAGUGUGGCAAGUGCUAUAGCCAGAACUCAUCCCUGCGCAGCCACCAGAGAGUGCACACUGGGCAGCGGCCUUUCAGCUGCGGCAUCUGUGGCAAGAGCUUCUCCCAACGCUCAGCACUUAUCCCUCAUGCCCGCAGCCACGCCCGGGAAAAGCCCUUCAAGUGCCCGGAGUGCGGCAAGCGCUUUGGCCAGAGCUCGGUUCUGGCCAUCCAUGCCCGCACCCAUCUGCCAGGUCGCACGUACAGCUGCCCCGACUGCGGCAAGACCUUCAACCGCUCCUCCACCCUCAUUCAGCACCAGCGCUCCCACACAGGCGAGAGGCCCUACCGCUGUGCUGUGUGCGGCAAGGGCUUCUGCCGCUCCUCCACGCUGCUGCAGCACCAUCGGGUGCACAGUGGGGAGCGACCCUACAAGUGUGAUGACUGUGGAAAGGCCUUCUCGCAGAGCUCCGACCUCAUCCGCCACCAGCGGACCCACGCAGCCGGCCGGCGCUAAGCAGUCAAGGGUGGGGAGGUGAUGGGCAGAAGAGAAGGGGUCAGGGAACUAGAGAAACCGCUUGAGAGGAUAAUGGAAAAGCUGGAGAAUAGAAAGGUGGAAUAUUCUAGAAGACGGGUCAGGGUGCAGGAAGUCAUAUGCCCUCUAGAAGUAUGAGAAGUGGGCUGCGAAGAGGGGUUGGAGGGAGGCCAGACAGGCAACAGGAAGCCCCAGGAGAAAUCCAUGAAAGCAGUCUCCUUAGCUGGAGGCCUGUCCUGGCAGAGUACAGAUGGGGGGGAGGGCAAGGGAGUGUCACUGAAUUAGAGUAGGGUAGUGUAGAUUGGUAGCUGCUGAGACCCUUGUGAAACCAGGAAGAGGGCAAAGGGUAGGUAGGUGGGGGUGGGGCCCAAGGGGUAGGGCCUGGGCCUCUCAGAGCAAACCCCAGUCUACCUUGUCUUCCUCAGGCUUUGGAGCCCUUUGAGUUCAAUAAAACUUUUCAUGU